AUGAAAAAUCAACAGCAAUAGCAGCCAAAUCAUUUUCCGCCCAUCAGGCAAGCUCCAUAAUCAUUUCCUCCUAGACAUGAUGGCCAAGCAGUAAAAGGAGAAGGUAGCAAAAUGUUCCUAUAGAUGGAUAUUUCUUAAAAACCAUACUGGUGACAAGCCAUAUAUCAAGCUCCUUAAAAAGAAGUAAACAGUUUUGGAGCCGCACGGUCAUUGGAGCCAGGUCAUGAUUGCCAGGUAUGGCCGAGCGGGACCCGAGGGGCUGGUGAUAGCUCCUCGGAGGAGAUCCUUCAUGUGGCGAGAGAUUGGGAGGUAUGUGCCUAUGGCUCUGGCGCAUACGAGGUGGCUGAUCGGUGACGGACAGAGCAUCGACGUGUUGGCGGACCCAUGGGUGGAUGCACUGCCUUUCAGACUAUGGCCGACGACGAUCAGUGUUGAGGCCGGGGCAGGACUUCGGGUUUCCGAUUUGCUCAGGCCGGGGGAGGCGGUGUGGGAUGGCGAUAGGCUGGGCCAGUUGUUUGGGGAGCAUCUGGCGGAGCGGGUACGGGCGAUCCCCCUUCCGGGAUUCGCAGGCCCAGAUGUCAGAGUUUGGAGCACUACCUGUCGAGCCAGUGUUGGGAUUGGCGAGGUUUCCCGAGUUCUUCAGUUGGGUUUACAGCCGGGCCUAGACUGUGGUUGGGUGUGGAGGUUUGGACUACACCAGAGGGUUGCUCUCUUCCUCUGGAAGGUGGCCUGGGAGCGAUUGCCGACAUGCUCAGUUUUGAGUAGACGUGGUAUGAGCCUGUCCCCCUUAUGUCUGGAGUGUGGGGUGGCCGAGUCGGUGGAUCAUGUACUAUUUCACUGUGUGAGGGCGAGAGGUGUCUGGAGUAUGACUGAGAUCCUGGAGGACACCUGGAGUGGGAGGGUUAUCUUCCUGGAGGUAGUUCGGCAGUGGGCCGGUGUUCCCCAGAUGCGGAGAUUGGCCAUCAGGGCGUCCUGUACAGCAUAUCAGAUAUGGCUGGCCAGGAACGCCCGGGUGUUUGGGGAGCGGCGGCUAUCCCAGCGUUUUGUGAUGGAGCGGGCCUAUGCCCAAGCGGAUGAGAUUAUCCAGGUCGAGUCUGCUCAUAGACCUUUGAUAGCUCGGGACACCUGGGGCUCCCACAUUGCUUCGGCAGCUCCGCACAGGGUAUUCUUUACCUGGGAGCCCCCACCCCCGAGUUUCCUCAAGGUCAAUUUUGAUGGCUCUGUCUUGGACGGUGGCAGGAGGGGAGGGGCCGGAUUUAUUGUCAGGGGCCCAGGUUCUGAUGUGUUGGCAGCAGGGGGCCAUCAGAUUUUUGACAUUUCGGUUCCAGGGGCAGAGCUGCGAGCGGCCUGGAUGGGUCUGUCCUACGUGCGGCGGGUGCUCCAUGCGAGCUCGAUUCUUCUCGAGGGUGAUUCAGCUACGGUGAUCAGUUGGAUCCGUAGGGGUCUGAGCAGUCAUGGCGGUGCCCACCCCUUACUUCGCGACAUUUGGAUGAUGGCGAGGGUGGGUGUCACAUUACAGGCUAGGCAUGUGUAUCGGGAGGCCAAUGGGGCGGCCGACUGGGUGGCUGCGUAUGUAGCGUGCCACUCAGGAGGUACCUUAUGGGCCGGGGAGAGAGAGAUGCCCGGAGCACUCCGGGACCUUUUGUAUUCAGACUCUAUUGGGUGUAUUCGUACCCGCUAUGUAUGAAUUGCCCGCCUUAGCAAAAAAAAAAAAAAAAAAAAAAAAAAAAAAAGAAGUAAACAAAAAAUUUAUAAAGGAAAGAUGAGGAGAGGUGGCCUAGGUAUCUGCUGUUAAUGUCACACACAAGUUUGGCUUCCUAAUAGCCUUUUCUAAAUGCAUUGUCAAGGCAUGAAGGAUGUGUGGUAGUUGUUUAUCGAUCUAGACAUAUAUCAGGCAGUAGAAAAGGAGAGCUAGCAAAUGCUCCUAUAGAUGGAUCUAUAUUCAAAAUCAUACUGGUGACCAGCCAUAUGUCAGGCUCCUUAACUAGUAAAAUUUAAAAGGAUGAGGAGAGGUGGCCUUGGUAACUGAUGUUAAUCCUUCUCACAAGUUUGGCUUCCGGGGAGCAUUCUCUCACAAGCAUGAUUAAGGUGGGAAGGAUGUGUGGAAGUUGUCUAUCACUACUCAAAAAGUAAGGGGGUAAAACCUCUAGAUGGUUUCUCUUCCAUACAUGCACCAAGGAGGGAUUUAAAGGGGAAGUUGGCUGUUAUUGGAAUCCAAACACGUAAAUUUUACUACUGGCGAGGCGAGAUGUGAGGCACUCCUGGCGCGACGAGCAGUGCAAAUUGUUCUGGAGCCACAUGGACUUUGGAGUCAGGUCAUGAUAGCGAGAUAUGGAAAAUGCAAGCUCAGCUGGCCAGGUGGUGGGCGGCCGGAGGACAUCUUUCAUGUGGCGGGAGGUUGGGAGGUAUAUGCCUAUGGCUCUAGCACAUACUAAGUGGUUGAUUGGCGACGAACGGAGCAUUGACGUGAUGGAGGACCCUUAGGUGGAUGCACUUCCGUUGAGGCUAUGGCGGACGAUGAUCAGCGGUAAGGGGACUGCGGGGCUCCGAGUGCACGAACUCCUCAUGCCUAGGGAGGCAGAGUGGGAUGAUGACAGGUUGGGCCAGUUAUUUGGAGAGCACUUAGCAGAGCGGGUACAGGCUCUCCCCAUCCCGAGAUCAGCAGGUCCAGAUGUUAGGGUAUGGAGCACCACUUGUAGGGCCAGACUCAGGGUUGGUGAUGUUUCUCGGGUUCUUCAGCAGGAGUCGGAGCUAGGUAGGGACUGUGGCUGGGUAUGUAAGUUUAGGCUACACCAGAGGGUUGCAUUAUUCCUCUAGAAGAUAGCCUGGGACUGUCUGCCGACAAGCUUGGCGCUGAGCCGACAUGGUGUUAGCAUUCCUCCUUUAUGCCAGUAUUGUGAGGUAGACGAGUCAGUGGAUCAUGCACUAUUCCAGUGUGUAUGGGCGAGGGGGGCUUGGAGGUUGUCCGGGAUUCUGGUGGUAGCUUGGAGCCGGAGGGAUUAUUUUCUGGAGGAGGUCCGGCAUUGGUCCAGUUCCCCCCAGAUGAGUUCUGUGGCUAUUAGGGCGUCCUGCAUAGCUUACCAGGUAUGGAUGGCCAGGAAUGCCCGAGUUUUUGGCGAGCCUAGCCUGUCCCCACGGUUCGUGAUGGAGCGGGCUCGGGCACAGGCAGCAGAGUUCCUUCAUGCAGGUCUGGAUCAUAAACCUUUGACAGCUUGAGACACCUGGGGCUCUCAUACUGCUUCAGCAGCUUCUCAUACGGUGUUUUUCACCUGAAAGCCCCCACCCCUAAGCUUCCUCAAGGUCAAUUUUGAUGGCUCAGUCCUGGACGGAGACAGGAGGGGAGGAGCAGGUUUUGUUAUUAGGGGUCCGAGCUCCAGCAUGGUGGCAACAGGGGGUUGUCAAAUCUUCGAUACCUCGGUCCCAGGAGCAGAGCUGCGGACGGCUUGGAUAGGAUUACGGUAUGCACGACAUGUACUUCAGGCGAGUUCCAUCCUCCUAGAGGAUGAUUCGGCCACAGUGAUCAGCUGGGUCCAGAAGGGCUCUCACAGCGAUGGAGGAGUUCAUUCUUUGCUCCGUGAUAUAUGGUUGAUGGUGAGGGAGGGGCUUACUUUUCAGGCUAUGCAUGUUAUCGCAAGGCAAACGGGGCGGCGGACUGGGUGGUGGAGUAUGUUGCGAGCCACUCAAGAGGCACCCUAUGGGUUGGUAAGGAUGACUUGCCCGGUGCAUUCCGGGACCUUUUGUUUGCAGAUUCCGCUGGAUGUAUUCGUACCCGUGUAGUAUGAAAUGCCCGUUUUUAGCACAAAAAAAAAAAACUCCAAAAGAAUUCUCUUUUUAUUAUUUAAACGAAAGUGUGAAAGAAAUACCUUUCCAUUGUUCAAGAAAGAGAUAAGUGAAAGAGCUCUAGCACACUUCUGUGGAAGGAUAAGUCUUCCUUCACAGUGAGACCCUUAUAGGGUUUUUUUCAUUCAGCUUGCAUAAGAAGGGAUGAAAAUAAAGGGGCACCUGUCAUUAGUGCCCCAAUAGGCACCAUAGUAAAUACACACUCCCAUCAUUAUAAGUAAUGAAGAAUUACUUUUAUCUUCCCUUUGUUCAGCUAUAGUUUGCAAUAUUUUAAGAGACUAGCUUGCAAAGUGCUACUUGAUUUAUUUUCAAACUAAACCAAGAGUAUCAAUGAAGCUUAACCUAUAAAAGGAUGACCAUUCUUCUUGUAAGCAGCAUAUUUAGAAUUUAUAUUGACCAUUCUUCUUGUAGUCAGCAUAUUUAGAAUUAUAUUGAUAGAUGUCGAGUUCUUUUCUUCUUCCAAAAUUGCAUUUCUGAAAUGCCGAACUUCUCUAGUUCAGUAAUUUCUCCAUAGUAUUGUGUUAGAAUCUCGCAAAGACUGAAAUACUCUUUUUGAGGGAAGUUUUCUUGAGAUCACCCUCCUCACAAAGUUGUUUCUUGAUGGUUAAAGUUUAUGAACUUCAAUUUCAAUUUGGGAACUUAUCCAAAAUAAUAACAGGAAGAAUGUUGUUUUAGCCAUCUCAAGGUUAUAGGAGUGGGGAUUUGGUUUAAACUAGUUUUAAAAAAAACCUUUGAGCUUAAUGACCCAUGGUAGUCUUAAACAAUAUUCAGUAUCUUAAUUAUAGAUAGUCACUACUAACUGCUAGUAGUUAGGUAGAUGUACCAUGGUGUGUCUUCUGCAGGUGAUAUUGCAUUGCUUGGGGAGCAAAAUGAGGGGGAGAGAGAGAAGACUAAAAACUACUGUAUUUAUAGAAGAAAGCUUGAAAGAGAUUAAAAGUCCACAAAACAAAAAUAGAAAUGUACGAAAUGCAAUGUUAGUGAGAAUACAAACAAAGAUAAGGCUCCUAUUAAGGUUGAUUGAUUAUAAGAUACCACAAAGUGACUGUUUUUAUUAUAUAGGAUCCAAUAUACAAAUAAUGAAGAGACCAAUGAAUAUAUGGGUGUGUGUGAUAGAAUUAGAGCUAGCUAACGUGCUUCUACGGCACGUGAUGAAAUAUCUGGGUGAACUAAAGGAAAUUUUUCUAGAAUGAAAAUAGAUCUCGCAAUGUUGUAUGCCCCCAAAAGUAGGACCAAAGAAAAAAUAAGUUUAGAGUUGCUGAGCCAAGAAUGUUGAGGUGCAUGUGUAGUAAACAAGCAUAGAGUGAGAAUGACAAUAUUAGAAGGGAUGUAGUAAUUGCAUGAAUCAAGGACAUAGUGAUGCAGAAAUGAUUGAAAUGGUAUAGGCAUGUGCAACAAAGAAAUUGAGGGGCUUCAGUAAGAACUUUGAUGUAGAAAAAGGCACAAGGUUACAUGGAUGGAAUAAGACAGGAUAGGGAAAAGCUUGAACUGACAUCAAAGGUAGCUAACAAGAAAAUAUGAAUGCAAUAUGAAAGGUUGGCCAUCGGAGUGAAAGGUCUAGAAUAGAAAAACUGCAGCUAGGGGACCAACUAGCAUCUACGUGCUUGGCAGGUAGCCCAAAAAUAAUAUAUUCAUUAAUUUAUUAAAAAUGUUUUUUUUUGUUUUUGUUUUUU